UUUGUUUAUUUGUUAGUAAAAUCUUUAUCCCACUCAGUAUUUUCCCAAACGUUUAACCAUUCAUCUCUAAGCGCUUCAUUUAAUUGAACUAAAAGUUAUAAUUAUUGUCUGCUAUCUGGCGCGUUAUCAUCAUGGAAAACGAAACUUUACCACCACCUGUGUAUUUUGCUGUCGGCCCUCAACCCCAUGAGGUUUCAUGUCCAUUUUGUAAACAAUAUAGUAAAACAACUAUGAAACGUUCAUUUUUUCGCUGCUCUUUACGACGUCAUUAUUGUUCCCACUGUGGCGAAUAUUUGGGUUCCUAUAGACGUCCACAGUUGUAGUUGAAUUUUGAAUGAAAAUUUAUGUAUUUUAAUUGUUAUUUUAUGUAUUGAAAAUUGAUAAUAAAUUUGUUCUACAACAAGA